AUGGAAAAAGGUCUCCGCACUCAACCCGACCUUCUCAGCGGCGCACCAGAGAAACUGGUCGUUGCGCUUCAGGAACUGGAGGAACUGUUAGCUGUGGACAAGUUUCUGCUGAGGAAGAUCACGGGUCACUUAGUCAAGGAAUUGGAAAAAGGCCUAAGCGCAGAAGGAGGUGAUAUCCCAAUGAACGUAACCUGGGUCAUGGGCUAUCCAACUGGCAAGGAGCAAGGAAAGUUUUUGAUCCUCGAUAUGGGAGGCACCAACCUGCGCGUAAGUCAGGCGGAGCUUUUCGGUAGCGAUCGCGAUAUGGAGUCCAUCCAGGAGAAGUACAGUAUACCCCAGUCGAUCAAGCAAGGUACAGCCGACGACCUGUGGGAUUUCGUGGCGGACUGUGUGCAGAAGUUUCUCCAGUCACGGCUCAGGGAAGACGAAAGAUCGAAGAUCUUGCCGCUUGCCUUUACGUUCUCCUAUCCCGUCAUCCAGUCCUCUAUAAAAGUCGGAGUCCUUCAGCGUUGGACGAAAGAUUUCUGCGUAUCUGGAGUCGAAGGUCACGAUGUCGUCUUUCAGUUAGAGGCUGCUUUCGAACGGAAGCGAAUUCCCGUCCGAGUCGUGGCUUUGAUCAACGAUACGGUCGGGACGCUCUUCGCCGCGGCGUAUGGAGACCGAGAGGCCAAGAUCGGCAGUAUAGCAAGCACCGGUUGCAACGCUGCAUACAUGGAAGAGGUUGGUGCAAUCCCAAAGAUCCAAGGCUGCGGGCUACCAAGCGAUGCUCUCAUCGCGAUCAACACCGAAUACGGUGCCUUUGAUAAUUCACGCCGCAUACUGCCGCGGACACGAUUCGACGAUGAAAUCGAUCGGACAUCCGCGCAUCCUGGCCAGCAGCUCUACGAGAAGAUGGUCUCCGGGCCUUACUUGGGGGAGCUGCUCCGACUGGUGAUGCUGGAACUGCACGAAGCCAAACUUCUCUUUGUAGGUCAGGAUGUUUCGUGCUUGCGCCAGCCAAAUGCCCUGGACGCCUCCCUCUUCCCAACCCUGGAGGAGGACAUUACCGAGUGCAUGGAAAACGCCCGUAAGUGUCUGUGGGAGAAGAUGGGCCUUGAUCCAGCUCCGCACGAACUCAAGACCUGUCGGUACCUGGCCGAACUGGUUGGAUCGCGUGCUGCCCGUCUCUAUUCAUGCGGGAUUGCAGCGAUCUGCCAGAAACGGGACAUCGAACGCUGCCAUGUCGGCGUUGAUGGCUCAAUUUUUGGUCAUUAUCAGAAUUACCGCAAGCGAGCGGCGCAGGCCCUCCGUGAUAUUUUUGCAUGGCCGGAUGACCUUGAGGAUCCGAUUGUGUUUGGAUUCUACAAAGACGGGUCUGGAGUUGGCGCCGCGUUGAUCGCUGCGUUGGCUGUCGAGAGAUCGGAUGGACCUCUCCUUAGCAGGACAGAAUAG